AUGUCCGAGACUCCAGCACGCCCGAUGAAGUUUCCGUACACUCUCACUGCUAAGAUCGCGCAGUUCCCUUUGAAAUACUAUUUCCAGAAUCAGUGGAUCUGGCGUUAUUGGUUGGCUGGUGGAGUAGUCCUUUCCAUUCCUAUCUUUUACAAGAUCCACAAGCUUUCCAACUCUCCAGAGAAUGUAGCACAGUGGGCUGAAAAGCGAAGGAAGGAAGCUGAAGCACACCACUGA